CUCAUCACACACCAAGAGUCAUCUAUACAUAAACAGAUUUUUCGAACCCACGCGCACACCCCCACCCCUGAUCCAUCAUCACAGUGUGGGAUAUAUUUGAAUGACAAUGCUUUAUGCUGUGCAAUCACACAGCUGCCCUUUCUGUCUUUUUUUUAUAAAGCACAGUGGCUUGGCUCAGAGACAGCAUUGAGGGCUUAUACAGUCUGAUGCCAACAUAACCAUGGGAAAGAUCAUAUUUUACGAAGACAGGAACUUCCAGGGGCGCUCUCACGAGUGCAGCAGCGACUCUGCAGACCUUCACUCCUACUUCAACAGAUGCAACUCCAUCAGGGUGGAGAGCGGCUGCUUCAUGGUGUACGAGAGGCCCAACUACAUGGGCAACCAGUACUACCUGAAGAGGGGGGAGUACAGUGAUAACCAGCGCAUGCUUGGCAUGAGUGACUGUGUCCGAUCUUGCCGUAUGAUUCCCCAGCACCGAGGCUCCUUCAGGAUGAGACUUUACGAAAACUUCGACAUGUCUGGCCAGAUGUACGAGCUGAUGGAAGACUGCCCAGACAUCCAGGACCGCCUUAGCAUGUCUGAAUUCAACUCCUGUAAUGUGAUGGACGGCCACUGGCUGCUGUACGACCAACCCAACUACAAGGGCAGAGCGUACUACCUGAGGCCGGGAGAGUACCGGAGAUACAGCGACUGGGGAGGAGUCAGCCCAAGAGUUGGCUCCAUCAGAAGAAUCACAGACUUCUGAAGUUCGCUUCAGUGCAUCUU